AUGCUCCGGCUUACCUGCGCGGCUGAGCGGGAGAGGAACAAGCUCUGCUCCACGGCACGACAGAAGAAGCACGAGUUCUCCGUGGAUAUGACCUGUGAAGGCUGCUCCAACGCAGUCACUCGAGUCCUCAACAAGCUAGGAGGAGUUCAAUUUGACAUUGACCUGCCCAACAAAAAGGUCUGCAUCAACUCUGAGCACAGCGUGGACACUUUGCUGGAGACCCUGGGGAAAACAGGAAAGGCUGUCUCCUACCUCGGCCCCAAGUAG